AUGCUUUCCAUAUACUCAAUGAGUUUGAUAAUUACUUAUGUCGGAACAGUUGGUGGGUUAAAAAGAAAAGAUGGGAACGAGAAGAAAAAGCGCAAGAGAGAGAGGAAGAAUAUGUACAGAGGGAUAAGGCUGAGACCAUGGGGAAAAUGGGCUGCGGAGAUUCGUGACCCGAGGAAAGGUGUUCGUGUUUGGCUUGGUACUUUCAAAACCGCAGAGGAAGCUGCUCGAGCCUACGACGCUGCAGCCAUUCAAAUCCGUGGCGGUAAAGCCAAACUCAAUUUCCCAAACGACGAUUCCACCAGAAGAAACUGCAUCAUCAACAACAACGAUAAAGAAGUAGGCUGUGUUGGUGUUACUGGUGAUCAUCUGAUAAAUGCUAGCGAUCAGUCUCCUCCUCCUGCUCCUGAAGACAAGGAAAACCAACAAGUCAAACGGUUGUCGGAGGAGCUGAUGGCAUACGAGAAUUACAUGAGAUUCUAUCAGAUUCCUUAUCUCGACGGCCAAUCUGCGACGGAAGAUGUUCCUCAACAAAUAAGCCUCAUUGGCAAUCUCUGGAGUUUCCAAAAGAACUACUGGUAA